ACAAAUAACAAAUGUUCAUUCACAUUCACGGUUGAACAUCAAAACCUGAGAAUACCAAUGGCUUUCUCUCCCUCAUACCUUCCAACUCAAACUCUAUUUUCUGUUGUUUUUGUCAUUUUCACAACUUUCAUUCUCUUGCUUGCAAGAGAAGGAAAAGCUCAGCAUACAGAUUAUCUCUUUGACAUCAACAAUUUCACCAAACUUGAUCCGACCAAGUUUACCCUCCAAGGCAGUGCCCGCAUUUUCCGCGAUGGGGUAUUGUCACUGACUGAUGAGCCUAAAAAAGUAGGCCGGAUAUUGUAUUCAGAUCCAAUUCAAAUUUGGAAUAAAUACACCGGCGCCGUUGCCAACUUUGAGACCACCAUCUCGUUCGUCAUAAAGAACGAUACAGGUGCAGAUUUCCCCGCUGAUGGACUCAUCUUCUUUCUUGCACCAAAAAAACAAGUUGAAAACAUUGUCAACAAAACAUUAAUCGGUGGAUUACUCGGAAUAGUUGAUUUAGACACUGCUUUAAAUCAAUUUGUUGGUGUAGAGUUUGACAAUUUUGUCAAUGGUUGGGAUCCUAAUUAUUCGCAUGUUGGAAUCGAUGUAAACUCUUUAACUUCAUUGGCAACUAAGCCAUGGACGACCAACAAUGGAUCAUUGCAUGAAGUGAGAAUUGUGUAUGACAUCGCGACUAGGACAUUGAGUGCUACGUCGAUUGAUGACCGUAAUGAGUUUUUCUUUGUUGAUCAAGUCAUUAAUCUAAAAGAUGUUCUCCCGGAUACCAUAACAAUUGGUAUAUCUGCUGCCAUAGAUGAAGGCCGACAAUUACACCACAUCCAUUCGUGGCGUUUUCAUUCACGCUUCGAAUCAACUCCAAACAUCAACAAUAAUAAUCAUCUUGUAAGCUAUGCAUGAAUGGUGGUUAAGAUAUAACUAGUAUAUAUGUCUAAAUAAAGACUAUAUGCUAGCUAUAACUAUAUACCCUUUGUGAACCAUGUAUAUGAGUUUUCUUUAUAAAAGAAAUUCUAAAUAAAGGCAAUGGUUGAACUAUGUUAUUUGA